AUGGCGACGACUUGUUCAGCCGCGCGGUCAAAACUGGAAGAAGCAGCGUCACAAAUUCAGAACAGCCAAGAUGAAUCGAAGAAGUAUGAAACGGUAUCAUUGGCCGAAGCCAUCGGUCGCGUCGCAGCACGCGAUUAUCUGAGUCCAAUCUCAACACCCGAAUUCGACACCUCAGCCAUGGACGGCUAUGCGAUAUCAUCAUCUCUCACAAACCUCGCAACUCCAGAAACACCCGUAUUUUUCUGCAUACGCGGUACGAUCGCAGCGGGCGACAAACCGAAAUCUAUUUCCCCCAAAGAUGAUAUGGCUUUGAAUUCCUGUGUUGAAAUCAUGACCGGUGCACAAUUUCCCGAAGGAGAGGAAGUGCUUGAUGCUUGUGUCAAGGUUGAAGAUACGGUUCGAAUUGCAGGGGAGGUCCCAUGUAUUGCGGUUAGUAAACCUGUGCCGAGAUAUGCGAACCGGAGGUUUGCGGGGGAGGAUAUUCAGAAGGGAAAGGUUGUCUUGAGGAAGGGGUCUUUGAUGAGGGCUUCCCAUAUCAUGCCUCUUGCUUCGGUGGGAAUUGAUGCGAUAGAGGUGCUCAAGAGGCCGAAGGUUUGUAUCUGGUCAACGGGGAAUGAGUUGACUUCCAAGACAUCGCAUGUUAGGGACGUCAAUGGUGUCUAUCUCACGGCUGCGAGUAAAGAGGCCGGAGCGGAAGCUACUUUCAUGGGGUCAAUCCAUGACGAGGUUGAGUCCCUGGUGUGUUCCAUCAGAGAGAGGCUAGAGCUUUUAUCGACGGAUAUUAUGAUCACAAGUGGAGGCGUGUCAGUUGGAAAGUUCGACCACGUGCGGCAAGCCCUGGAAAUCCUCGGAGCCAAGAUCGUCUUUCAUGGUGUAUCAAUCCGGCCAGGCCAUCCAGUUCUCUUCGCGCUUCUACCGUCACCCUUCGGCGAGGUCGCCUUCUUCGGGUUGCCAGGAAACCCAGGCGCUGCAGCUGCAUGCUUCAAGUUCUUGACCGUCCCUUACAUAAAGCUACUACUCGGACAGCAGCCAGAGAACCCCAUGCUUGCACGCUUGGAGAACCUUGAACUUGGAAGUUCGGCGAGGAAGAGUAACAUGGAUGCGCCGAACAGAGGAUUGAACUGUGAUCGGUUUAGGCCUGGUGUAUUGGACUUGACUGGUAGAGAGCCCACGGUGCAUGACGCGCCUGGUGUUUUGGGACCUGCGAAGAUGAAGCCUUUCGUGGAAGCGAACUGUUGGAUUCAUAUUGAGGCGAAUGAGAGGCUUGAGGCGGGACAGAUGGUUUCUUGUUAUCCUAUGAACGACACUUCAAUACUGUAA